AUGACCGGUCUUCUCAACUUGGCCCCCCCGCAUAGGCCUACUUCUCACUUCAAGCUCAACUCUGGCGCUUCCAUCCCCUCUGUCGGUCUCGGUACCUGGCAGUCGCCCAAGGGCGAGGUGCGUGAUGCUGUCUGCCACGCCCUCAAGUCUGGCUACCGUCACAUCGACUGUGCCUGGGGCUACCAGAACGAGGACGAGGUUGGAGAGGGUAUCAAGCUCUCCGGUGUCCCCCGUGAGGAGAUCUGGAUCACCUCCAAGCUCUACGAGUACCACCACAACCACGUCCGUCAGGCCGUUCAGGACACCCUCGACAAGCUCGGCGUCAAGUACCUCGACCUCUACCUGAUGCACUGGAACAUCGCCUUUGUUCCUGAGGAUGUCCCCGCUGGCCAGCUCCCCCGCGACUCCAAGAAGGACCCCAAGACCGGCAAGCACCUUCUCGACGUUGAGACCACCGAGAACUUCACCAAAGUCUGGGCCGACCUCGAGAAGCUCGUCGACGAGGGUCUCGUCAAGAACAUUGGUAUCUCCAACUUCUCCAUCCGCCGAACCAAGGAGCUCCUCAAGUCGUGCCGCAUCAAGCCCGUCGUCAACCAGGUCGAGCUCUCCUUCACCUUCCCUCAGCCCGAGCUCGUUGGCUGGCUCAAGAAGCAGGACAUCCUGCCCCAGGCCUACUCGCCUCUCGGCUCCACCGGUGCCAGCCAGGCUUCCCUCGAGGUUGUCGACAAGAUUGCCAAGAAGCACAACGUCCAGGGUGCCAACGUUCUCAUCUCGUGGCAGGUCGCUCGUGGCUGCAACCCUCUCCCCAAGUCGGUCACUCCUGCUCGUAUCGAGAACAACAUCAAGCUCGUCGACCUUUCCGCCGAGGAGCUCAAGGAGCUCGAGGAGGGCGCCCUGGCUCAGACCCCCAAGAAGGUCUGCGACCAGUCCGACCUCGUUGUUCCCGCCUACGACAUCUUCGAGGCCGACAACCCGGAGAACAACGACAAGGUUCAGGCCACCAAGGCUUAA